AUGUUCCGUGCAACAAUCUUCGCCUGUUUGGCUCUUGCCGCAUUCUGUGCUCCAGUUCCAGAUGUUCCAAAUAGUGUCGAUGACAUUCCAACCGAAUAUAAAUCUUUGAUUCCAAAAGAGGUUGUUGAUCAUUUGCAAUCGAUUACUCCAGAAGAGAGAAAGGCUUUGAAGGAGGUUGCCCAGAGAUACAAGGAAUUCAAAUCGGAACAAGAUGUGAGUAGAGAGAAUAUAUCAGUUACAGGGAAAAUGCGUGUGGUUACGACGUAAAGAUACAAAUUCUGAGCCGCGUCGCAAAUGCACCCAUUGAACUACUUCGUUGUUCUGGCUGUUGACAGGAUAGACAGAUCCAGAAAAGAUCUGAAGUUGUUCCUACGAAUUCUUUUGAGUGCGUAGCUGUUGCGACGCGGCUUGAAAAUAAGAAUUCAGAAAAAAUCGCAUGAACAACUUCUGACACUUCUAUUGGACCUGUCUAUCUUAUAAGAGCGCAAAAUUCCGACUCAUAUUGUGAAAAAUACUGUACUGGAGUGAAUACAUCCCCAUAAUUAAAAAAAUCUUCAGUUUUUGGACGCGCUCAAGGUCAAAUCGCCAUCUCUCCACGAAAAAGCCCAAAAAUUGCACAACUUGGUCGAAGAAAAAAUCAAGAACCUCAACGACGAAGCCAAAGCGUUCGUCAAGAAACUCAUCGCCGAUGUUCGCAAAAUCCACGGAGCCUAUUUGAAAGGAGAAAAACCAUCAUUGGACUCAUUGAAGAAAUCCGUCAAAACCUACAUCGAUGAAUACAAAUCAUUGUCCGAUGGAGCCAAGGCUUCAAUUGCCAAAGAAUUCCCAAUCUUGACUGGAUUGGCUAAGAGUAAGUUGAAUAAUUAAUUAGCUAAUUAAUUGAUUGUUUUUUUGCAGACGAGAAAGUCAAGGCAAUCAUUGGAAAAUACAUCAACUAA